AAUAGUCAAUACCAUUUAGACACAAAUUGAAUUUGAGAAUAUUUUUUUUCUUUAAUGCAAUGUAAUAUGGAGAUCAUUUUGCUCAUCUUCUUAAAGUAGUGGUUAUAUAGGUGCCAUUGGGGGAGCCGUGCAAUUCUUGACCAUUCAGCUGGGAAAAGUUUUCAAGUGCUCAGCUGUCCCAAAGUGUCACACUUGCUCUCGCAUGGAGAGCCUGUCCCGUCCAGUCCAGGAAAGGGAAGGGCUGGACUGGCCAUGCUGGCAUUUCUCUUCCCAGUCUCCCACCUGUUGGAGCCUCAUUUGGAACGUCGGACGUGGGAAAAGACAACCAGAAAGAAUCGUGAGGAGAAGAAAUGAAGUUUGACAUUUGUGGUCAAUUACAUUAGGCCACUUACUAAUACUUCUAGGACCCCGCCUUCUGUGAUCUGACCCGAAACCAGCUUCCCAGUGCUUCUUGGACCUAAUCGUCAGCAGCCUACCAUGGCCAACUGUGACUCGUUGGAUGACAAGGCCUCUGUUGAUAUUCAUGACAGCCCCCCUCUGCCGGAUAAUGUGGUGAAAGAGGAGGAUAACACGGUCUAUUUCAUCUACGACGAGGAGGUGGAGGAAGAGGAGCGAGAUGAGCCACCUCCGCCAGAGUCCAUCAAACCCAUCAAUGACCGGCCUCAUAAAUUCAAGGAUCACUACUGCAAGAAGCCCAAAUUCUGCGACGUGUGCGCUCGCAUGAUUGUUUUAAACAACAAGUUUGCAUUGCGUUGCAAGAACUGCAAAACCAGCAUCCACCACCAGUGUCAGUCCUACGUGGAGUUCCAGAGAUGCUUUGGCAAAAUUCCUCCAGGCUUCAGGAGAGCAUACAGUUCUCCUCUGUACAGCAGCCAGCAGAAUGCUACUGUCUCCCAACUCUUGCCUUUCUCGCAGUCGAAUCGCACCGACCCCGUGUUUGAAACACUGCGCGUUGGCGUCAUUAUGGCCAACAAGGAGCGCAAGAAAGGAUCAGAGGAUAAAAAGAACAUGAUGAUGAUGAUGUUGGAGGACGACGAGUCCCAGCCCAAGCAGCAGGAGAAUGGUGCUGAAGGAACGAGCUCAGAGGGAGACAAGCGAGGAGACAAAGCUCCCGUAGACGACAAGAGUAAAAAACCUCAGCCAGGAAAGAUCGGCGUAUUCAGUCAGUCUCACUACUACUUGGCUCUGUACCGCUUCAAGGCGAUUGAGAAAGAUGACCUGGACGUUCACGCCGGCGACCGCAUCACAGUGAUCGAUGACUCCAAUGAGGAGUGGUGGAGGGGGAAGAUCGCCGACAGGGCGGGCUUCUUCCCAGCCAACUACAUUAUCCGAGUGCGGGCCGGCGAGCAAUUGUACAAGGUGACACGCUCCUUUGUUGGCAACAGAGAGAUGGGCCAGAUUACACUGAAGAAAGACCAGAUUGUUGUGAAGAAAGGUGAUGAGGUGAACGCUUACCUGAAGGUCAGCACGGGACGCAAGCUGGGCUUUUUCCCUGCCAAUUUACUGCAGGAGAUCUGAAGGUUUUUUUUAUGGUACAACAGUGGCUCGUCACUUUUAAUAAUAUCACAUUCAUAUCAUUUAUAAUUUGGAUUUCAAACAUAGUCAUUGACUGCAAACAACAAGAUUAGCACUGAUGCUAACGUAGCAGCGGUUUUAUCAAAUGUACUUUGGUUUGGUCUCUAAUGGAUGAGACUAUAAUAUUUCUUUAUGUGUGUUUUAAUAACUAUAAAUAGCAUGCAAAUGAAGACGAUGGGAAUGUUAAGAUUAUUCUGGAUUAAAACAGUCAUGGCUAUUA